AUGAGUAUAUUAGAAGAAGUUGUGAUUCCAGAAAUUGAGAACGGAGAGGGGUUGUAUGACACAGAAGAAAAACGGAUUUUACUUGAAAGAGUAACAAAAAUCAAACUGGACAACUGCAAUUUGUUACAACACUUUGCUGAACUUGAUACAAACUUUUCCAUACAAAUUUCAAAAAUUAACGAGGAGAUCGGUGUCGCCUUUAAAAAUCUCAAGUUUUCAUGCCAACACGAAGUCCUUGAGGAGUUCAUGAAUUAUAAAAACGCAAGACUCAUCACUCUCAAUUACAAC